AUGAUUCGUACCGAACCCAAGAGCGCUUUGAUGCACAACUUAUGGAACCGGUUUACAACAUGUCGACUUCUAGAACUAGAGCUUCCAGAACUUCUAGCCGAACGAGGGAUGAACCCCGUGACGUCAGCGCACGUGCGUGAGCGGUGGCGGUCGCCUACGUCUGGCGUCAUGUCCUCAACGGCGCUUCGUUUCUCACGGCUAACGGCUCAUAAAGUCUGGAACAAAACGGGUCCGGGUUUUUGGGGGUGGCUCGGAUGGGGGCAAGAGCGGAUGCCGGGGGGCGCGGAGGGUGGAAGGUGCGCAGAAAGGACGUCCAGGAGAUUCGCGGAAGAAAAGCCGCCUGGAAAGGCUUCGACACUCAGAAGGAGCAGCAACUCAGCACUCAGUUCUGUCGCCGUGCAAAAGGCGCUCGUCAAAGGUUUCGCCACCUGUCCUCUAGGAUCCCCGGCUCGAAGCAAAAUGCUAGGAGCAACCGUCAUCGUUGAGUCCUGCAUAUGUCUAUUGAUAUUCGUUAGCACAUCAAAUUCUCAAGAGUUCUUCUCAACGGGGGGUAGGUAUGGCAAGAGGAUUGCUUCAGAAGAAUCAUUCGACACAGGUCGGCCAUCAGACACAAGCGUGUUAGAAAGACGGAGUCUCUCCAUUACACCCGACAACUCACCCUUGCUGGAAGUUUCUGGCAGGAAUGACCGGUUUUUCAUGGGCAGCCGCUAUGGGAAGAGGGCGCUCGACUUACUAAAAUCAGACUUUAGAGAUGUCACCGGAGCAAGAAUCACGUGCGUGUACAUCGGUUUUGAAGAUCUCUUUCGCUGUAGUAAUGGGAAGGAUAGAAAAUUUCACGAAGUCGAGUCAUUGCAACGAGAGGAAAAUAAAUGAAUGGAAUUGAAAAGUAUUUGCUAAAAAUUUGACCUAUUAAAUGUUAUUUAAAUUUAUAUUGUUUUGAUUUUAUUAAAGUACUUAUGUUUUAUAAUAAAUUGCAAUAAAUUUAAUUUAUUUGUUCGGAGACGAAAAUGGAAAGUCAAGGCUCGUAAUUCUGUGAGUCGCAAAAAUGUACAUAAUCUUGAACGAGAUCGACAACGAUCAAAAAGUAGCAAAUCGAUGGUGAAAGCACAAAAGCACGAAAGCGCACGUAUCUCAAUUUAGGAUUUUUCAAAUUUCCUGUCACGUUGCACUUUUUUAAGGAUAUCGUGAACGAUUCUGAAGAUAGCUUGGCCAAUGUUCUUUCAUGAAGUCAGCUCAUUUGAUGUUUCUUGGUUCUUUCAACAAU